GCAGGCCCGAAUCCCUCUUCAACCUUCAGUAGUGCUUUUUCUGUAGGGGCACCUUCAACUAGCACUGUCUUUCAGAAUAAAUAUAUUUUCCCACAGAUAUCAUGUCCUUUCUGGCUACCAGUAUCUGCAGGCUAGCGCCAAGACUCCUUCAGUCAAAGAAUGCCUCAUGUGUCAUUGUGGCAUCCAGACAUGCCAGCUCAUCAACAAAUUUAAAGGAUGUUCUAUCAGACCUCAUCCCAAAAGAACAAAGUAGGAUCAAGAGCUUCAAACAGCAGUAUGGCAAAACCAACAUUGGAUCGAUCACUGUUGAUAUGGUCUAUGGUGGGAUGAGGGGCAUGAAGGGUCUGGUGUACGAGACCUCAGUGCUGGAUCCUGAUGAGGGCAUCCGCUUCCGUGGCUACAGCAUUCCAGAGUGUCAGCAGCUGUUGCCCAAGGCUCCAGGAGGUCAGGAGCCGCUGCCUGAGGGCCUCUUUUGGCUGCUGGUCACAGGACAGGUCCCAACAGAGGAACAGGUGAGCUGGUUGUCCAAAGAAUGGGCUAAGCGGGCAGCACUCCCCUCCCACGUCGUCACCAUGCUAGAUAACUUCCCUACCAACCUUCACCCAAUGUCCCAGUUCAGCGCCGCAAUCACAGCUCUGAACAGCGAGAGCAGCUUUGCCCGGGCCUACUCCGAGGGCGUCAACAAGGCCAAGUACUGGGAGUUCAUCUAUGAGGACUCCAUGGACUUAAUUGCCAAGUUGCCAUGUGUUGCUGCUAAGAUCUACCGUAACCUUUACCGUGAGGGCAGCAGCAUUGGAGCUAUUGACUCCAACCAGGACUGGUCCGCUAACUUCGCCAACAUGCUGGGCUACAGCAACUCUGCUGAGUUCACUGAACUUAUGAGGCUCUACCUCACCAUCCACAGUGACCAUGAGGGAGGCAACGUCAGCGCCCACACAAGUCACCUGGUGGGCAGUGCUCUGUCGGACCCUUACCUCUCCUUCAGUGCUGCUCUGAACGGGCUGGCUGGACCUCUGCAUGGGCUGGCCAACCAGGAGGUACUGGUGUGGCUGACGGCCCUGCAGAAGGAGAUGGGAGGGGAGGUGUCUGAUGAGAAGAUGAGGGAUUACAUCUGGAACACACUCAAGUCUGGCAGGGUGGUGCCAGGCUACGGGCAUGCUGUCCUGAGGAAGACUGACCCCAGGUACCAAUGCCAGCAGGAGUUUGCCUUUAAGCACCUGCCCAAUGACCCCAUGUUCAAGCUGGUGCACCAGCUCUACAAGAUCGUGCCCCCAGUGCUGCUAGAGCAGGGUAAGGCCAAGAACCCCUGGCCCAACGUAGAUGCCCACAGUGGAGUGCUGCUGCAGUAUUAUGGGAUGACAGAGAUGAACUACUACACUGUGUUGUUCGGCGUAUCCCGAGCCCUGGGAGUGCUGGCCCAGCUGAUCUGGAGCCGAGCCCUGGGCUUCCCCCUGGAACGCCCUAAGUCCAUGAGCACGGACGGACUCAUGACCCUGGUGGGGGCCAACAAGUCAGGCUGAAGAGGGAGAGAAGGGAGGAAAUAACAAAUAAAAGCUGACCUCGCCCCCAUCCCCAUGAAAGAGAUUCAAAGAGACAGUACACUUUUUAAAAUGUAUUAUUAUUAUUAAUCAAAAAUCCCCAAAAAGGGCAUUUGAUAUUUACAUUGUUUGGUGUGAGACUGUGUUAGGUAUUCAUAGAUAUCCUAUAUUAUAUAUCCCCGCUAUGCCUCCACAUUUGGAAGAUAAAGAGAGAAGAUGCAAAACACGUACUCAUACACUGAGUGUAAAAAAACAUGAACUCCUUCCUAAUAUUAAGUUGCCCUCAGAACAGCCUCAAUUUGUCAGGGCAUGGACUCUACAAGGUGUCGAA